GCCAAAAUCCUGAGCAUGAUGGAAGACAAUAAGCAGCUCGCGCUCCGCAUCGAUGGGGCGGUCCAGUCGGCCAGCCAGGAGGUGACCAACCUGCGAGCCGAACUCACGGCCACCAACCGGAGACUGGCGGAACUGAGCGGCGGCGGCGGCCCCGGCCCGGGCCCGGGAGCGGCGGCCAGCGCCUCGGCGGCGGCGGCGGACUCGGCGGCGGCGAACAUGGAGAACCACCAGCACAGCGCACAAGUGCUCCUGCGGGAGGAAGUGUCUCGGCUCCAGGAGGAAGUCCACCUUCUCCGGCAGAUGAAGGAGAUGCUGACCAAGGACCUGGAGGAGUCGCAGGGCGGCAAGUCCUCUGAGGUCCUCUCGGCCACCGAGCUCAGGGUGCAGCUGGCCCAGAAGGAGCAGGAGCUAGCCAGAGCCAAAGAAGCCUUGCAGGCCAUGAAAGCCGACCGGAAGCGCCUCAAGGGCGAGAAGACGGACCUGGUGAGCCAGAUGCAGCAGCUGUACGCCACGCUGGAGAGCCGCGAGGAGCAGCUGCGAGACUUCAUCCGCAACUACGAGCAGCACCGCAAGGAGAGCGAGGAUGCCGUGAAAGCCCUGGCCAAGGAGAAGGACCUGCUGGAGCGCGAGAAGUGGGAGCUGCGGCGCCAGGCCAAGGAGGCCACCGACCACGCCACGGCGCUGCGCUCCCAGCUGGACCUCAAGGACAACCGCAUGAAGGAGCUGGAGGCCGAGCUGGCCAUGGCCAAGCAGUCCUUAGCCACACUGACCAAGGACGUCCCCAAACGGCAUUCCCUCGCCAUGCCGGGCGAGACGGUGCUCAACGGCAACCAGGAGUGGGUGGUACAGGCGGACCUCCCGCUGACGGCAGCCAUCCGGCAGAGCCAGCAGACUCUCUACCACUCGCAUCCCCCCCACCCCGCCGACCGGCAAGCGGUCAGGGUGAGCCCCUGCCACUCCCGGCAGCCCUCUGUCAUCUCCGAUGCGUCUGCCGCUGAAGGCGACCGGUCAUCCACGCCAAGCGACAUCAACUCCCCUCGACACCGGACACACUCCCUCUGCAACGGCGACAGUCCCGGCCCGGUUCAGAAGAACCUGCACAACCCUAUUGUACAGUCACUAGAGGAUCUUGAAGACCAAAAACGGAAAAAGAAGAAAGAGAAGAUGGGAUUCGGCUCCAUCUCGCGCGUCUUCGCCAGAGGGAAGCAGCGGAAGUCCCUCGACCCCGGCCUCUUUGAUGACUCAGACAGCCAGUGCAGCCCCACGCGGCAGAGCCUCAGCCUGUCGGAGGGCGAGGAGCAGACGGACCGGCUGCAGCAGGUGGAGCUGGUCAGGACCACCCCCAUGUCCCACUGGAAGGCGGGCGCCGUCCAGGCCUGGCUGGAGGUGGUCAUGGCCAUGCCCAUGUACGUCAAGGCCUGUGCGGAGAACGUGAAGAGUGGGAAGGUGCUGCUGAGUCUGAGUGACGAGGACCUGGAGCUGGGCCUCGGCGUGUGCAGCUCCCUGCACCGGCGCAAGCUGCGGCUGGCCAUCGAGGACUAUCGCGACGCUGAGGCGGGCAGGAGCCUGUCCAAAGCCGCUGACCUGGACCAUCACUGGGUGGCCAAGGCCUGGCUGAAUGACAUCGGCCUGUCCCAGUACUCCCAGGCCUUCCAGAACCACCUGGUCGAUGGGCGGAUGCUGAACUCCCUGAUGAAGCGGGACCUGGAGAAGCACCUGAAUGUGUCCAAGAAGUUCCACCAGGUCAGCAUCCUGCUGGGGAUCGAGCUGCUGUACCAAGUGAACUUCAGCAGGGAGGCCCUCCAGGAGCGCCGGGCCCGCUGCGAGACGCAGAACAUAGACCCCGUGGUCUGGACCAACCAGCGGGUGCUCAAAUGGGUGCGAGACAUUGACCUGAAGGAAUACGCCGACAACCUGACCAACAGCGGCGUCCAUGGGGCCGUGCUGGUGCUGGAACCCACGUUCAAUGCCGAGGCCAUGGCCACCGCCCUGGGCAUCCCCAGCGGGAAGCACAUCCUCCGGAGACACCUGGCAGAGGAGAUGAGUGCCAUCUUCCACCCGGCCAGCUGCUCAGGCAUCCGGGAGGCAGAGCGUUUCGGGACGCCCCCCGGGAGGGCCUCCAGUGUCCCCCGGGCGGGGAAGGAGGAGAACAGCGGAGGAAUCAAGUACAAGGCCGGCCGGCUGCCCCUGGGGAAGAUAGGAAGGGGCUUCAGCAGCAAAGACCCUGAUUUCCAUGAUGACUAUGGCUCUCUUCAAAACGAAGAUUGCGGAGAUGAUGACUCCCAAGACCGACCAGAGCAGUGCCGUCUGGAGGGCUACAACGGCCUGGAAGUCACCAACGUGUAAGGAACUGAUGCUCCACCAGACCCAACGUGGAGAGAGCCAGGGAGGAGGGGCAGCCAGAGCCAUGCGAGUGUACGUAGCGGCCUCGGGCUGAGGGUGCCCCUCCACUGCCGGCCAACGUCCCAGCAGACUGCUGCCGUUUCCUCUGGAGCACCCAGCAACCAGGGGGCAGCAGCCUGCCUGUCCUGGGCAGGCUGUGGACUUUCCUGCUCAGCGGGGGAAGCCUGGCCCGGAGCACCCAUCACAGUGGCCAGCUCCUCCGUCACCCAGGCUCCACCUCAGAGUGACUGUCAGCCAUCGACAGCCGAGUGGUCCCCGCAGCCUUGACCUGAGCUGCCAAGGUGGAAGAGGCCCACAGUUCCCCAAAACACCCGCCCAGGAGGAGCAGGUGGGACUCAACCAGACACAGUGGAGCCCAGAAGGGACAGUGCCAGAAGCAGGCAGAGCCUGCCAUGGAGUUAGGUCCGUGACAAACAUACCAAGUAUGGCAGUGGUUUGGGGACUGAGCGCAGGGAAAUGCUUGCCAUUGUUAACCCAGCAAACCUUUGCUGUGAUGUCCCUGUCACCUGAAACAUCAGUGUGCUCACCAGUGCCCUAACUGAGAUGAAUCUGGCAGAGCAGAGUCAUUAAGGUGGGGAACAGAACCCCAUGCCCUUCUUUUGAUUCGACCACUGUUUUGCUGUGUGGCUCUUUCCCAGUGGCCUCACCUCUCUGUGCCUCAACGUCUUCAUCUACAACACUUCUGGUUCCCACCAGGGACGUUGUGAGGAUUAACAUUUGCUAAUGUCUGUAACACACUUUGUGGCCUCUCAGGAGACGGGUGGGAAGUUA